UAUUCUAGGUUGAAGGUCCACAUACUGCGGACAAAAACAGUAGACAAAGUAAAACUUCUCAUGCCCCAAUAUCAAGAGAAGCCCUAUUCUAGGUUGAGGGUCCACAUACUGUGAAAUUUUUUUUCUUAAAUGCAAAGCAUCAGAGAACUCUUACACACUCCUCUGUUAGGAAUAGCUCCCUCGCUCAAGUUGGUUGAUGUUGAUCCAACCUACACUUCCUCUUCAAAAAUUUUCAGGGGAGUAUAUGCAACAACUUAUGAAGCUUUUCAUAAAAGAAAAAAAGGAACUUGUGAAGCAAAAUAGUUUUCUUUUGUGCUGAGUGAUCGCAUUAUAAAUAAUGGAGUUCGAGGAAGGAUUGGAGCCAGUAACUCCUACUGGACAGUAUUUCAACAGCUCUGUGCUGUCAAUAUCCAUUAUUGCUGUUAUGGAAUUUGAGAUUCCAAUCAACAACCUGCCCUCCAUAAUGUCAUUGCUCAAAGAUGUGUUCCUCCCCAUCAAUCCUCGUUUCUCCUCCAUUAUGAUUACAGGUAAAAAAGGUGAGAAACAAUGGAAAAGAGUAGAAGUGAAGCUUGAAGACCACAUUAACGUUCCCAUUUUCCUUAUUGGAUUGUCACCUGAUUCAUAUGACAAAUAUUAUGAUGACUACUUGGAAGAGAUAGCGAUGAACCAGUUUCCACAAAACAAACCACUAUGGGAAAUUCACGUUAUUAAAUAUCCAACAAGCAAUGCAGCUGGUACCAUCAUAUUCAAUCUUCACCAUGCUCUUGGUGAUGGUUACUCUCUCAUGGGUGCACUUCUUUCUAGUCUGCAAAGAGCUGAUAAUCCUUCUCAGCCCUUAACAUUUCCUUUUAGCCAACGCUCAGAGUCAAAAAGUGAUAGAUUAAGCAGAGGGGUGUCCCAACUCUUUUCCUUAAUCUUUAAUACUAUAUAUGAUUUUGGAUGGAGCGUGUUAAAGAGCAAUUUGAUUGAAGAUGAUCGAACUCCGAUAAGGUCUGGGGAAAAAGGAGUGGAGCUUCGACCAAUUACAAUAUCAACUAUGACAUUCUCUCUCGAUCAUAUCAAAUUUAUUAAGGACAAGCUUGGAGUGACCAUAAAUGAUGUAAUUACUGGUAUAAUCUUCUUUGGCACCCGGUUAUAUAUGCAAGAGAUUAGCCAGAAAUCAUGCAAAGCGGAUUCCACAGCAAUAGUGUUUCUCAGUACAAGGAUAGUUAGGGGCUACAAGUCUGUCAAAGAGAUGAUCAAACCUAAAUCCGAUACACCAUGGGGAAACCAGUUUGGUCUCUUACAUGUAUCAAUACCAAAGUUUACAAAUCUAAAAUCCUCAAACCCCCUUGAGUUUGUUUUUGUUAGAGAUAUAUAUUAG